AUGUGCGAUGGGCUUGUAGGAGAUGACUGUAACGUCGAAACAUGGUUGAAUUUCCAAGGAUCCACGAACAAUGGCUUUUCCCCGCUGACGUAUAACUAUAUUACCGUCGAGAUGGGCGCGAAAUCAGGAAAAGAACUCGACUUUGAAAAUCGAUGGAAAAAGCCGAGAGGGUUAGAGCCGCUGCCUGAAAGUGAUGUUCCAAACGGAGCUAUCCCUAAGACCUACGAAACCUUUCAAUGCGAAAAUGUUUACACAGAUCCUUACAGUGGAGUAAGCGGAACUUGCUCUUGUCAAGAUUGCGAGGCAGUUUGUCCUGGUCUUUACGAGUACCCAGAGCCCGAACCCAAACCGACAAUCGGGUCGAUGGAUAAAUGGGCUUUCGUGGGCAUGAUGGUCGGAAUUCUCCUCGUAGUUUUUGUCGUCACCUUUUAG